UCUCUACACUCCACCCUCCUGUUCCCCUCAGACAGAUGAAGGCGUGUGUGUGCUGUCUUUGGAUCCAGAGUGAAGUGACAGGAAUACUGUAAGAAGUCCUCUCUGGUCACUGGUUCAGCAAUAAGAGCCUGGCCAUCAGACAUGGUUGGUGGCAGGAGAUCCUUACUGUGCGCUCCUCUGACUGGGAGUUCAGGGUCAGUAGGCCUUUAGCCUGUAUGCUCUGGAUCAUCUGGACAUUUGUCUGUAGCUGGCCCGUGGCAUCGACCAUGGUGUGAUUUCUACCUAUAAGUUCACCGUGUGCUUUUAAAUGAGUGUCACAGUAGGCCUAUGACUUCAAACACUCCAAACAGGACUUGACAGCUUUUAGUUUUCUCCUGGUGCAAACGUCACAGGCCACAUCUCCAGGUCCAGCAGCACAUUCCGCAGGAGCUGCAGUUUGUAUUCUGCUCGCCUCUUCCUCAUUUGAUCCACGAGCUCUGUUCUUUAAAACGGGUCUCGGAGAGAAAGUCUGUCGGCAUUAGGGACAGCUGUAAACGCCCUUCACGCCUUCCUUGUCCCAGCAGACCUCAAUAGGCUACAACCUAAUUGUGUCCACUGCUACUGUAAGAGUCACUGGACUGGAUCCUUCUAAAAGUCCACACAAACAGAGCACAUCGAAAUGUCUUGAUAACUUGCCAUAGCUUCAGCAAUUUUCUCAAGUAUUCCAGCCUGUUCCUCACGUGUUCCCGACUGUUUCUACACAACGUUACAACAGCAGCAGCUCCUUAGGGGCAAAGAAACAUUAGUUUCGUUUUUUCGAGAACGGUGCCUUUAAAAGGGAGGAGUCGCUACGCUCGUGCGUCACGCCGGAAGUAUGUCGUCACGCUUAAGCUUCUCGGAGGAGCUGUGUGAACAUUCGAAGGAAUCGUGAAGCAGGAAGAGUCGACCUGUCAACAACAAAUUACUGCGAUUUAUCCCCAGAAAACAAGUUAUCUUUCACAAAACACACUUUGCGACGACACAAUCUCGCCAACUCCCGCCAUGGCCGAGGAGAACAUCUUCCUAUUCGUUCCGAAUCUGAUCGGUUAUGCGCGUAUCGUCCUGGCCCUCAUCUCCUUCUACCUGAUGCCCUGUUGUCCUGUCCCGGCGGUGGUCACCUACCUGCUCAGCGCUCUACUGGACGCCUUCGAUGGACACGCAGCACGCACACUCAACCAAGGUACUAAGUUUGGGGCCAUGCUAGACAUGCUGACGGACCGCUGUGCCACCAUGUGUCUGCUGGUGAACCUGGCUCUGCUGUACCCCUCGUACACCUUCCUCUUCCAAAUCUCCAUGAGCCUCGACAUAGCCAGUCACUGGCUGCACCUGCACAGUUCCAUGAUGACGGGGGCAACGAGUCACAAGGCCAUCGACCUCUCUGGCAACCCCAUACUGCGCAUCUACUACACGUCACGGCCGGUGCUGUUUGUGAUGUGUUCGGGCAAUGAGCUGUUCUUCUGCCUGCUGUACAUUCUGCACUUCAUAGAGGAGCCACAAGGCUGGCUGCAGACGCUGCUGGGUGUGUGUGCGGUGAUCGCAUUCCUGAAGGCCGCCAUCAGUGUUCUGCACCUCAUCACCGCCUCUUGCAACAUGGCUGCCAUCGACGUCGCCGAGAGAGAGAAGGAACAAGAGAAGAAGCAGUGAAGAGGAGAGG